AUGACUCCGCCACUCAUCGCCCUCGAAGAGCACUUCUACUCAAACGCCAUCUUCAACUCCAUUGGCGAAACCUUCCAGCGGACCCUGCAAGGCGUGCCCGGGCUCGCAGCCCAGCUCCGCGACUUCGGAGACGCCCGAAUCGACGCGAUGGAUCAGGGCAACAUCUCGUUGCAGGUUGUUUCUCACGCGUUUACUCCGGGAGGCCCCAGCGCCCAAGCGUGUCAGAGUGGAAACGACGAACUGGCAGCCCACAUCAGGCAAACCAGCGAUCCACAGCGAUUCGCAGCCUUUGCAGUGCUGCCUGUUGCCGACCCGGUUGCCUCGGCGGCCGAGUUGGGGCGCACGGUCUCGCAUCUUGGAUUCGUCGGUGCCCUAAUCGACAGCCACGCUGACGGGAGUCACUUUGACGGGCCUGAAUACGAUGUCGUGUGGGACCGGGCCUGCGCUCUUGAUGUGCCUAUCUAUCUACACCCGACCUGGCCUUCGUCGCGUAUGGCUGAGAAUUUCAUGGGCUCGUACCCCGUCCCUGUGGGUGUUAGUCUUGGGGGUCCUGGCUGGGGCUGGCACGGCGAUGUAGGUCUGCACGUCCUGAAGCUAUUCGCGGCGGGAGUAUUCGAUCGGUUCCCAACGCUGAAGAUCAUUAUUGGGCAUAUGGGCGAGACACUGCCGUUUAUGCUGGAGCGGGUGAGCGAUAUGAGUACGCGCUGGGGUGGAUGGGGGCCUCGAGAGAGACCGCUGAGACAGGUCUGGGAUGAGAACAUCUGGAUUACCACUUCUGGCAGCUGGAGCCUGGCGCCGAUGAAGUGCAUCUUGCAUAAUACCAAAGUGGAGCGCAUUAUGUAUAGUGUCGAUUAUCCGUUUGAGUCUAAUGAGAGGGGGCUGCAGUGGUUUAAGGAGCUGGAGGGCAGUGGGCUGUUGACGGAGGAGCAGCUGGAGAUGGUGGCGUAUCGCAAUGCUGAGAAGCUGCUGGGGGUUAAGGUGUAG